GAAACAAGGGCCUUGCUGUACGUUCCGCUCUCGGAGUAAACAAUUGAAAGUGAAACUCCAACCCGAAGGAUAUGGACUCCCUCUAAUCCACGGACAUGUUAUCGGUGGAGGCUUUUCUAUGAAUUGUUCUCAAAUCCCGCAGUGACCCUAUCCGAAAACAUGGAAUCACCACCAGGCUAUCAACAGCCAGAAGGCUCUGCAGAUCCCUCUGCUGAACUGUCAGCUAAACCUACAGGUGAGGAUACAGGGCACUCUUCUGAUGAUGUAGAAUUAGUAGAUAAAGAUGAUAGCUUACAGAAUGAGGACAAGACCUCUGGCCCACAAGCCAAUGAUGAAAGUCGAGAUAACUCAUCAAGUAGAGAGAAAUCAACUGAUGAACAUCCGAGUCCGAGUGUUACUACUGGAACACCUACAGAGAAGGAGACUACAGAGAGCUCUAUUGAUGACGUAGCAUCAGUUAAAUGUGACGUGGAUCCAGAUAAAGAUGAUAGCUUACAGAAUGAGGACAAGACCUCUGGCCCACAAGCCAAUGAUGAAAGUCGAGAUAACUCAUCAAAUAGAGAGAAAUCAACUGAUGAACAUCCGAGUCCGAGUGUUACUACAGGCAAUAAUACAGGAACACCUACAGAGAAAGAGACUACAGAGAGCUCUAUUGAUGACGUAGCAUCAGUUAAAUGUGGUGCAGAUUCAGAUGAAGGCAAUAGCUUUCCAGCUGUGGACAAGAGCUCUGGCCAACAAGCCAAUGAUGAAAGUCAAGAUAACUCAUCAAGUAGAGAGAAAUUAAUUGGUGAACAUCGGAGUGUUACUACAGCAAAAUCAGAAGAAGUCGAUCACCCUCCAGAAAUGGACAAGAGAAUCGGUUAUCAAGCCCAGGACAAACGACAAGGUUAUUCCAAAGGAGAUCCAUCAGAAAAUGAGAAACCAGUCGACACAACACCUGACGAAUGUGCCAAUCAAAAUUUGUUAAGAACCUCAGCAGUGUCUCAAAAGGAACGUCCAAAUGAAGAAAUAGAAGAACAGAAGAAAAAGAUGAGCAAAAUAGAAGAUGUUGGUCCAACCCCUACACAAACUGAACUUAGAGAAGAAACUGGAAUCCUUGGAGGAGGCAUGAAACUAUUGGUAGGAGUGGCUAUAGUGGCUCUUGUUGCCAUCGUGGCGCAGUAUCACCUCCAAUCUGAAUCUCAACCUCAGAAGACUGAUUGGCAACAGGUAGAUGUCUUCCUCAAGGAGAUGAAAAAAGUGAAAGAGAGGUUUCCCAGUCAGCGUGCCGAGCUCUGGAGCAGGAGUGAAAUCCACCUGAAGAGGCACCUCCAGACGAGCCAACCCGCUGAGCCCGUCAGCCUGAUCCUGACAUCAGGCGUCAGAGCCGAGAAGACCAUGCGAUGCCUGGCUCAGGGUGUGGCCUCCGCCUUCUCCACCGCCCGCAACGCUUCCGUCCUCCACAUUGACGGGGCGGGCAAAGCCAGCCAAGACAGCGACCAGGUCAAACUGGACAUUGACAGAAAGCUGCAAGGAGCUUUCGAGGGAGACAAGCCCGUAGCGGUGAUUCACCGCCUGGAAGAGCUGCCUCCGGGCUCCACGCUCAUCUUCUACCGCUACUGCGAUCACGAGAACGCCGCCUAUAAGAAGACUUUUCUGAUCUUCACAGUGUUGCUGGGUGACGAAGAGGAGAUCCCGGCCGAGAUGCGCUUGAGCAUCGUGGAGGAGAUGGUGGACGACUACCUGCAGAAGAAGUUUCUGUCUCACGGUCACCCGGUAUCUUUCGACAGGAUGGAUCUCAACAAGUACGGUGGACUGUGGAGCCGCAUUUCCCACCUCAUCCUGCCGGUGGCGGCGGAGGACAGAAUAGAGCAUGAAGGAUGCUAGAGGACUCAGCUCUGUUCUGAGUUUUGGGUCUGAUCACUGGAGUAGCACACAGCUGUAACACCUGCUGUGGUUUUAAGCACACGAAUAUUUCUAAUAGGAAUUUUAUUGAAAUUCAGUUUCAUCAAUAUAUUAGGUCUUUUUCGAAAGUGGGACAUCUGUAAGAAUUUAAUUCAUUAUGAAGAAGUCUUUGAUAAAAAAGGCCUGUGCACUUUAUUCUUUUAAUCCUUUGUUGAAUUCAUAAGUGGGAUGGGAAAUGUUAUUUGGAUGUUGAAGAGGCGUGAUUUUUAACUGUUGUAUUUUAAACACACUAAAUGUAAAAUAAAUCAUAUUCACACAACUUUCACAUAAUAGAGCUGGCGUCACAACAUAAGGUUUAUAAUUUUAGUUUCUGCAGUGACUCUGAUUGGCACCAUGUGCCUUAAAGUAGGCCUCUGAUUUUCUUUUUGUCAACCAUGUUUCAAAUAGAAAAGGAUAUGAGUUAAAUGUGCCUUAAAAUAUAAAUAAACACUUAUUUUAAUGUA